AUGGCUGAGGUGGAGGCACUGCCGACUUUCGGCUCCGAAUUGAAGGAUGGCUUUAAACCCGCCAAUGCCUGGGUGGCAAACGGGAUAACAUGGCUCGACGACAUACAGUCCUUCUACCGAGAGCGGAGCGCCAUCGAGAAGGAGUACGCUGCCAAGCUCAAUGCCCUCGCGGGCAAGUACUUUGAGAAGAAGUCAAAGAAGUCCUCGAGCCUGUCUGUCGGUGAUACACCAACUAUGACGCCCGGCUCGCUCGAGAGUGCUUCCUUGACGACCUGGACCAUGCAGAUUACCACCCUCGAGUCACGGGCAAAAGAACACGAUCGCUACGGUAACGAGAUAGUCAGCAAGGUUGCCGAACCCCUCAAAGUCAUCGGCACACGAUUUGAAGAGCUCCGGAAACGCCAUGCGGACUAUGCGGAGAAGCUGGAAAAGGAGAGGGAGUCAUCAUACGCCGAGCUGCGGAAGAUCAAGACCAAGUACGACACCGUGUGUCAGGAAGUGGAAAGCAAACGCAAAAAGUCCGAGUCCUCGUUUGACAAGGCCAAAGCACAGAAUGCGUACCAGCAACAGAUCGUCGAGAUGAAUAACGUCAAGAACACCUACCUGAUAGCAAUCAACGUCACCAACAAGCAGAAGGAAAGGUACUACAAUGAAUACGUCCCAGAGUUGCUCGACAGUCUACAGGACCUCUCCGAGUUCCGCACACUAAAGCUCAACGGUCUGUGGUCUUUGGCCACUUCGCUCGAAGCUACUAUGCUCCAGCAAAGCAGCGCUCUUAUAGAACACCAGUCUCAAGAAAUUACACGCAAUCAGCCUCACUUCGACUCUAUGAUGUAUAUACGGCACAACAUGGGAGGUUUCAACGAGCCGCCAGACAAGAUUUUCGAACCCAGCCCGGUAUGGCACGACGACGACUCGAUGAUUGUGGACGAGGCGGCUAAGGUCUUCCUACGCAAUGUGUUGAACAAGUCCAAGGGCCAACUCGGGGACCUACGGCGGGAAGUGGACAAGAAGAGGAGGGAAGUCGAGGCAGUCAAGAGGGUCAAGCAGAAAGUCCGAGAUGGCACGGAGAAGCGCGACGAGGUCUUCGUGGUCAGCCAGAUCUUCGCCCUGCAAGAAGACCUGCACCAGGUCGACCGGAAGAGGCUCACAGCGGAAGUCGAGACGUCGACCAUCACUUCCGCGGUGGGAGAUGUAACCCUCGGCGCAAAGAAUCACAAUUUUAAAUCGCAGACAUUCAAGAUCCCCACAAACUGCGACCUCUGUGGAGAAAGGAUAUGGGGUCUCUCGGCCAAGGGGUUCGACUGCCGAGACUGCGGCUACACAUGCCACAGCAAGUGCGAGAUGAAGGUGCCGCCGGAGUGUCCGGGCGAGCAGAGCAAGGAGGAUCGGAAGAAGCUGAAGCAGGAGCGGCAAGACUCCGCGAACAAAACGUUGAAGCCGAACUCAGCGGGCGGCGCGAACCAUUCAGCCGCGGAGCUUCCUGCGCUGAGCAGAUCGAACACGAUGAACUCGCUGAGCUCAGGCUACGCGGCUAGCGCUCACAGGUCUAUCUCAGGGCCGAGGUCACCGGCAGAAGAGGCACCUCCGGAGCCUGCGAGUGCUCGGCCGACUCCGGCUAGCACAGCCCGCAAGAAUCGCAUGAUAGCACCACCGCCCGCGGCAUACAUCAGUGAGCUGCCAGGCAGCACACCGAAUGGCUCUGGGGAGAAAGCCGGCGAGCAGACGGGCAAGAUGCUGUAUGCAUUCGAGGCAAAUGGUGACGGGGAGCUUACCGUGGCAGAUGGCCGUGAAAUUGUUAUUCUCGAGCCAGAUACUGGUUCUGGUUGGAUUAAGGUCCGGGCAGGCUACAAGGAAGGUCUGGUUCCAGCAAGCUACGUCGAGCUGGGCCCGGCGCCCGCGAUCGCAGCGCAGCACACGGGACAGUCAGCGCGGCCGGAUUCCACUUACUCGAACAGCGGGUCGUCGAUCGGCACGGCUGCCCCGGCGAAGAAGAAAGGCCCGGCCGUCGCGCCGCGGCGCGGAGCGAAGAAGCUCAAGUACGUCGAAGCGCUGUACGAGUACACGGCGCAGAGCGACGCCGAGCACAGCAUGGUGGAGGGCGAGCGGUUCGUCCUGAUCAAGGAGGACCCCGGCGACGGGUGGGCGGAGGUCGAGAAGGGUGGCGUCACCAAGAGCGUGCCGGCGAGUUACGUCCAGGUAGUUUAG